GCCCCCUUUUUGAAUUGUGACCUUAAUAUCCAUAUUCUGUCCGCCGCGCGUUUCAUUUUAAGAGCGCGGGCAUGACGAACCAUAAGAAAGAUGCUGGUAAAGAUUCUGCUUUCAUUAGUGUCAGCUUUACUGUUUAAGACAAUUGCUGCCUAUUCAAAUGGCAAAAUAAGAAAUGCUUGCCAAAGCAUGAACCCAGAACAUGGCUACAGCUCCAGUACAGACCCACCUCCUUACAAACUAACUGUGAACAGCAGUAAAUUCAGCUCUGGGGAUCAAAUUCAAGUAAACCUGUCCGGGGCAGUAUUCUUUGAGGGAUUUCUUCUGGAAGCUCGGGAUUUUGGAAAUCCCAAAGGCGGCCCAGUAGGAACCUUCACUCUCGUGGAUUCAGCCAAGUCGCAGCUUCUGAAAUGUGGCCAGGGAUCAGCUGUGAGCCACACCAGUGCAGGCAGGAAGAUGGAAAUGCAGGCUCUCUGGAAUGCUCCAGAAAAUUCUCCGCCCAUCGUCAGCUUUCUCGUGACAGUGGUACAGCACUACCACAUUUACUGGGAGAGAAUUCCUGGUCCCGUCAUAUCGCAGAGUGGAGUGGCCCCUUCCCCACCAAAUCCCACAGUAUUCACUGAUGGAGGACAUGCGACACCAUCUCCUCUACCUCCCCAACCUUUCAGCUCUGAGGGGUGUGGAAAGACCAAAUCCUGCUUUCGGGAUCCUGCUGCUUGUGUCCCGGCUGGGAACUCGGCCUGUUUCUUCCUCUCCUUCACUGUGGAGGGGGAAGCUGUUCUGUUUGAGCUCAGUGGUCCUGCUGAUGGCUACCUGUCUUUCGCAUUGUCAAUGGACAAAUGGAUGGGGAACGACGACGUGUACAUGUGCGUGAGAGACGGUGAGCGUGUGGAGGUCAGCGCUGCGUACCUCAGAGGCCGCACGCACCCCGAGAACAUUACACAGAGUGCCUUGAGGGACGUGGCUUGGAGUUGGUCUGGUGGGGUUAUCAAGUGCAGGUUCCGCAGAGGUAUCUACACCCCUCAGAGUCCCAGCCGGUUCCUCCUGAAUGAGAGUCACUACCUCUUCUUGGCUCACGGUCCCGCUAACAAUGGCAAGAUUCACAGACACGACUGCCAGCCCUUUAUUUCAACCAAUCAGAAAGUAAUUUCUGGAGAGCCUGAGGAUUUAACUGGCUCACGUUCACCAAUGAUAAUGAAGUUUCAUGGAUCGCUUAUGCUUAUUGCCUGGAUGACAUCUGUCAGUGCUGGAGUUAUGAUAGCACGCUAUUGUAGAGAUGAGUGGCCUGACUCUGCACUGUUUGGACAGACUGUUUGGUUUCAGGUGCACAGGGCAUUGAUGAUUUUCACAGUGUCACUCACCUUCUUGGGAUCCAUCCUGCCCUUCGUGUACAGAGGAGGCUGGAGUCGACGUGCAGGAGCUCACCCUUACCUGGGCUGUGUUGUCAUGACUCUGGCCUUCCUCCAGCCCAUCAUGGCCGUCGUUAGACCACCUCCUGACUCCGAAAGACGGUGGAUGUUUAACUGGCUGCAUCUGAGUGUCGGUACUGUUGCAGAAGUAAUUGCAGUCCUCGCCAUGUUUCUGGGGAUCCGUCAGCAAGCUCUGCGUCUCCCGGAACCCGGAUCCACAACUGUGCUUGCGGGGUCCAUUGUCUGGGGGGUUGCUGCCCGCCUGCUGUUGGAGUUUCACAGCAGAGGUCUUCUCAAAAUAGGGACGAGUACCUCCACAGAUCAAGAGGCGAUCUUGUCCAGUCAGCCUAGUCAGUGCGUGAGGGAUCAUGAGGGAAGUCAGUUCAGAAAAGUUGUUCUCACAGUCUUCCUCUGUGGAAACAUCGGAUUCCUGAGUGCACUCUUACAUACCAUAAAUAACAUGUGACAAAACCCGCAGCUGGCUGUUUUAAAUGCAGAUCUAGCUGAAGUGUGAAUUCCCAGACUCCCCUACUGCCACAACAGGGACUCGGAGAGCUAAGUUAAAAAAAUAUAUUUAUUAGCUUUAACAAUCAGCCCUCCUCCCCCCAAACUGGCCCACCCAUCCAAAAUCCCAGCUUUUCUGCCCACUGGACAGCACAUUGCAGAAAAUGUGCACAAAAUUGGGACUCGGGAGGCUGCUGACUGGACGGGCGGCUGCAGGACGGGAUGCACAGGAAGGUAGCCUCAAGGGAAUGCAUCGCACACAGGAGCCAGUACACAUGAAACAGGAAAACACAAAAAUGGACAGACCACAAGGAACCUACAAGCAAGGUUCUAGUUGCCUAGCAGACCAGCUGCAGAACUACAGCUCAUCAAGACCCAGGAACAAGAUGAUGACCAAUCAGGAUUAGAAACUUGACAAGACCCUCCAAUCAAAACUGCAGUAACAAUGCCAGCGUCCCUGAGCAGAGCCUACGGGUAAAACACAAACGAGCUAAAUGCAGCCCAACAAACUAGAUUCUGAAUCAAAAGAAAAGCUGAACCCUGAACUCAAAAACCUGGGGCCAAGACCCACUGGCACAGAGCCAGGUCUUACAGGCAGGUGUGACAUUUCCUCUUCAUGCCAGGCUUUUGGUGUGACCAGGCCAAGGUUCAGGUCAGUUCCUUGGUGCUGGCUUACAGGCCCAUCGAUGGACAGGCAUCCAUCUUGGCCCCCUUUGGUCAGCAAACCCGCAUGACUGGAGCUCCCUCCACCAUGUGAGAAGUGCCACUCCAGAUGGUUCUCUUGUGUCGUCCCCUGUGGUGGAAUGAGCUGCUGAACCACAUCAGGUCAUCAGACUCCCUCUCUACCAUCAAGAAUCACCGUAAGACUAGAUUCCUCAUUAUGUUCCCCGGAUGUUCUUAUGUUAAACUUCUGGUGCUUGAACCAGAUUCUUCCUUUUUUUAAAAGUUCUCAUAUAUCUCCUGGUCCAACGCUGCUUACUCUUCUACCUGGGCAUUGGUUGGAAGCUCAGCCUAGCUGCACUCAUGCCUAGUUGCCUCCUUGACAAGCCUAUAUGUUUGUAACGUGCUAUUUGCCUCACUUGUAUGUCACUUUGGCCAAAAGCGUCUGCUAAAUAUGUAAAAUGUAAAAGGCAAACUGGUAACAGAACUGGAAAGUUUGUCUUUUGCCUCAAGCUACAGUGUCUCUAAUAUACUAAUCAUUGGUGAAUGUGUAAAGUCUAAAAGGCAGUUAUACUUGCAGUUUUACCAAAUAAAUGAUUCUCACUGUGUUAGUCUGUAACAGAUAUACUUCAAAGCUGAAGUAUGUAAGUAUUAGAUAUACAUGCCAGAGGCUCUGAUUACUGUUUAGGGUGAUUCAGUAUUUUUACACAGAUUAGCUCCAACGCACAAUUUAUUAUUACUUUUUUUAACUUCUGCAAUUUUUGCACUUUCCUAUAUUGCUUUAAUGAAAUAAAGAAGUACUUUAACUUUAUUAAA